AUGCGAAAGUUGCAGGCCACCACCCGCAGAGCGCAUUGCGUCAUUGAUCACCUCUCCCAUCCAGCUCCCCCUUCAUCUUUAAAGCCACUGGCGUCGCUCCAAGCUACAGCACUUCGACCCUUCUCAUUUACUCCCCAUUCUCAUCACUACAACUCAUCCUCAAAAACACCACUCGCUCCAACAAAACCCAAAUCCGUUUCCACAACAUCCCAUCGAACUCCGAUCCGCACCACCCCUUCAGCACAACCACCGCAACCAACCACCCUCAUCACCACGCGCAGCAUGUCCUCCGACGACGCCUAUAUGUCCUUCCUGGACAAAGCAAACGCCGACCUCAACAGCGGCCGCUCCCAGCCCGAAACCCAGUCUUCGUCCUCCGCCGCCGCCCGCACAGAGACCGUCGACGUCAACGUCAAGAUUCCUACCCCGCUGACCACCGUCGACGCAUGCUACAUCUCCGAGACGGACGAGCUGUUUGAGCCCGUUGCGCUGAAGUGGGAGGGGGCUGAGAAGGGGAUUUGGCCGGAUGCUGCACACUUCUCCAAACUCAUCUCAACGGAUACUGACCUCUCCCGGUCAAUCGAAACACUUUCCGAUGCGUCAUUCGACCCGAAGAACCAAUAUGCGUCUGUGUUGCGGGCUGUGCGCGCGGCGGCUGUUGAGGCCUCCGGUGGCGAUGAGUCGGCGGUUGAGUUGAAGGUCUAUCGUGUGGAGACGGGGCCGUCGAGGGUUGAGUACUGGGUUACGGCGUUGGAACCUGAAGAGAGUUUGCUUGUUGGGUUGAGGGCGAAGGCUAUUGAGAGCUAG